AUGGCCCUCGUCGAGAACUGGCUGCCUCCGUCGCGCGAGAACUGGGAGUGGCUCAGCUACGUCUGGCAGUUCUUCCCCCUGAUCACGGCAUUUCAAUGGGUGCUGGACUGGUAUCCGCAGGGCAAGACGUCGACGCAGGCUUGGUGGAAUGUGCCGGGCAGGAUUGGAUGGGCGACGAUGGAGUCGGCGGGCCCCAUCACGCUGCUGUACAUCUUCUUCACGCUGCCCAAGGAGCAGGGCAUCGAGGAGCUGCCGUGGGGCAACUGGACGAUGGUCGGCUGCUUUGUGAUACACUACCUCUACCGCGCCCUCCUCUCGCCGCUGUUCCUCAACCCAAGCAUGUCGCCGAUGAGUCCGGUUGUGUGCGUGCUGAUGCUCGCCUUUCAAGUCACCAACGCAAUCUCGAUCGGCGGCUAUCUCUCCGGAUACGGACCGACAACGGUCUACGACUGGCAGGGCCGCGCAGGAUGGAGCUUCCUGGGCCUCGUGAUAUGGUGCUGGGGACUGCUGGGCAACAUGUUCCACGACGACGACCUGCGCGAGAUUAGACGCGCGGCAGAGCGGCGGCAGCGCAAAGAUGCGGCCGAGCAAGGCAAGCCCAUUGAGGGCGUGGACAAAGUUUACAUGCUGCCGAAGAACGGGCUGUUCAAGUACGUCCUGUACGCACACUACUUUUGCGAGUGGAUCGAAUGGGCCGGCUGGUGGAUGAUUGGCGGCCUGAAGUGUCAGCCAGCCCGCACGUUUCUCAUCAACGAGGUCAGCACGAUGCUGCCCCGCGCGCUGCAGGGCAAGCGGUGGUAUGUGGAGAACUUUGGGAAGGACAAGGUGGGAAAGCGAAAGGCUGUGAUUCCAGGCCUGGUGUAG